CACGGACUAGGGAACAGUGAGCAGCCAGUGAAGCAUCCAGCCUGCCGAGCAAGCUCUGCUGUUUAGGGUCAGGAACUGGUCUGACAAGAGAAUGGCAAUCCUGCCUUUAAACUGUCACUAGUGCUGCUGACGAUGAACCCACCGCAGCUCCGGGCCCAAAGGCGAAACACUGAGCAAGAGAAUGUGAAGACAUAUUUCAGGACAUUGUGAGUGCCACUAAAGAUGUCUGAUAGUGUUGAUAUUGAAGAGAAACCACCAGCCCCCCCCUUGAGAAUGAACAGUAGUUCCCGAGACUCUUCAUUGUUGAAUCACGCCUCUAAACCACUUCCAAUGGCUCCUGAAGAGAAAAACAAGAAGGUCCGCCUGCGCUCCAUCUUCCCUGGGGGAGACAAGACAAACAAGAAGAAGGAGAAGGAGCGUCCUGAGAUAUCCCUACCCUCGGACUUUGAACACACCAUUCAUGUCGGCUUUGAUGCUGUAACGGGAGAAUUCACAGGUAUCCCCGAGCAGUGGGCGCGGCUGCUACAGACCUCGAACAUCACCAAGCUGGAGCAGAAGAAGAACCCACAGGCCGUGCUGGAUGUCCUGAAGUUCUACGACUCCAAAGAGACCGUCAACAACCAGAAAUACAUGAGCUUCACCUCCGGAGACAAGUCAGCACAUGGCUAUAUAGCAGCAAACACUCUGAAUACAAAUGUGCCUCAGUAUACACAGAACCGGCUGCUGUCAUCUGGGCCUCCUGUCAGCCUUAGAACCUGCAGCGCAUUAUUUGACAAGGGUGCCAAAACAUCAUCGUCAGAGCCCCCGAUCGCUCCACCUGUGUCCGAAGAGGAGGAUGAGGAAGAGGAAGAAGAAGAAGAGGAGGAGGAGGAGGAGGAUGACGAUGACGAAUUGCCCCCUGUCAUUGCACCUCGGCCCGAGCACACCAAAUCUAUCUACACACGCUCCGUCGUGGACCCACCAAAGCCUCCCACCCCUGUGAAAGAAGUGUUGACUCCGCCGGAGUCACAGGUCCAGCCGGAGAACACGUCCAACACGAUGUAUCGCAACACUGACCGCCAGAGGAAGAAGUCCAAAAUGACAGAUGAGGAGAUUCUGGAGAGACUCAGGAGUAUUGUGAGCGUGGGGGAUCCCAAAAAGAAGUACACACGCUUCGAGAAAAUAGGACAGGGGGCAUCCGGCACUGUGUACACAGCCAUCGACAUAGCAACAGGUCAAGAGGUGGCCAUUAAGCAGAUGAACCUGCAGCAGCAGCCCAAGAAAGAGCUGAUCAUCAAUGAGAUCUUGGUGAUGAGGGAAAACAAGAACUCCAAUAUAGUGAACUAUUUGGAUAGUUACUUGGUAGGAGAUGAGCUCUGGGUGGUGAUGGAGUAUUUGGCUGGUGGCUCUUUGACAGAUGUAGUGACGGAGACCUGCAUGGAUGAGGGCCAGAUCGCUGCGGUCUGCAGAGAGUGUCUUCAAGCUCUGGACUUCCUUCACUCCAACCAGGUGAUCCACAGAGAUAUAAAAAGUGACAACAUCCUCUUGGGGAUGGACGGAUCCGUCAAGCUUACCGACUUUGGGUUCUGUGCUCAGAUCACUCCAGAGCAGAACAAGCGGAGCACGAUGGUGGGAACACCCUACUGGAUGGCACCGGAGGUGGUGACUCGGAAGGCUUAUGGGCCAAAAGUGGAUAUCUGGUCCCUGGGAAUCAUGGCGAUAGAGAUGGUGGAGGGAGAACCGCCCUAUCUGAACGAGAAUCCCCUUAGGGCGCUGUACCUGAUAGCUACCAACGGGACUCCAGAACUGCAGAACCCAGAGAGGCUGUCGUCUGUGUUCAGAGAUUUCCUUAACCGCUGUCUGGAGAUGGAUGUGGACCGCAGAGGCUCUGCCAAGGAGCUGCUACAGCAUUCCUUCCUCAAGCUGGCGAAGCCUCUAUCCAGCCUGACGCCUCUGAUUGUAGCUGCGAAGGAAGCCAUAAAGAACAGCAGUCGCUAGGGCGUGCCCUCUGUCCGCACCCAAGGCUGGAGCCCCGUCUGUGUUGUGUCCAUUCAUGGGGGCAGGGACCUGGGUGUGUUGGUGGUGGUGGGUGACCCGAUAGCGAUGGCACAAGGAUGGGGGGGGGGGAGAUGUGUGACUUACAGUGAAAGCACAAGGACAAAAGACCCCCAGGCCUCAUGUGUAGGACGGACAUCUGGCCUUGCAGCCUCUCGGCCCAUGCUGCUGAAAAAAGACCUUGCCUCUUCGUUUACUUUUCCAGCACUCUGUACAUGUAGAGCAGUCCAUCACAAGCCCGUGUGUGUGUGUGAGGGUGUAUGUGUGUGUGUGAGCGUGUGCACAUCUCUUUGUGUCAUUUGUAUUGUUUGAGAGGCAAAACCCCCAAACCCCCAAAAAAUAGGGUGGAAAAAAACUGAAAAGAAAGUUUGCUCAGUUUCAAGAAGAAAUGUCAGGAGUAAAGAAACUGGGAACUCUGAAGAGCCUCUGUUUCUCUCCCUGGCCAGCUGGGUUCUCUUUUCUCUAGUCCAUCCACAGAGCACGAUCAGGCCACCCCUGCAACGACCAGCUGAUGCAAGAGAGCGACUCUGGACCCCAACCUUUGCCUGCAUGACCACAGCUCUGUGCAAAAACACUGUUACUCCUCUGCAGAUUGUAACAUCUCAACAUGGUGGCUUUGUGUGUGUCUGUGUGUGUGUGUGUGUGUGUGUGUGUGUGUAGGGGUGCAGCUACAGGGGAAACACUCAUGAAUAAUUUCACAAGACCAAUGCCAGCUUUAAACAUCCUCCAGUAAUCUGCUUCAUGUCAGUCUGAUUUCUUUUGAGCCAGCUUCUUCCACAAAGUUUGCGAUAGUUAUCUGCAAAGUUAUCUUAAACUGCUGGUGCAGUUUCCCUAUGUAAAAUGUGCAAUUCAACCACGACUAGAAUGCAGCAUCAAUCUAUAAUAAACAGGUCAUGCAAUUUUAAAUAUACCAUCAACACUAGAAUUGCACCAAAUUGUACACACUUAUAGAUAUCAGUUCUCUACGUGUGCCUGAUUUUCAUCAAGAUCCAUGAAUUAUUCUCUUAGAAAUAAAAGAAAAUGUUGAAAUCCUUCUCAUCUCAUUAUGGUAAAACAAGUGAAAACAAUUCCUGCAGCCACACACUGAUCUGGAUCCACACCCAAAUGUUAUUGCUUCUUCCCUGACCCAAGUUUUGUGGUAAUCCGUCCAGUAGUUUUUGCAUAAUCCUGCAAUCCUGGAGAACAUAAUCAUUUCUUGUGUAAUAUAAUCAAUUAAUGGGCUUUUGCAACAGAUUACAAUGACAUGUUGAUGAGACCUGUCACAUAUUUAAAUCAACAUUUUUCUAGCGAAAACUCUGUAUAACAUGUGGCCAUUUUUUCAGAAAGACUCAAGAAUCAAAUACAUUCACUGUCAGUUUCAUUUUGUCUGAUAAUUCAAAAGAUAAUUUUAAAAUGCAUGUACAAACUCUUACUCUGACAUUGAUUGUGUACAAGCCUCUCAAGGAUUAUGCACACUACUUUGUUGCCUUGUGUAAAAUUGAAAGUAAAGGGAAGCCUCCUUCCCUUCAACUAAAUUCAUCUGACAAUUUAGUUGAAAGGAAGGAGGCUCAACAGAAAUAUGUUUUAAUGUUAUUUGAAAUCUAUAUUUGUUGACACACAUUCAGUCUCAAGGUGCUGCUGCAGUGGUCUGUGUUAUACCCUGAAUCCCAACAUUUCAGAUUUUCAUGUUUGCACAUUAUAAAGCAGAAGGUCAUGUAAUUAUUUACCUGCAGUGAAUUGAAGGCCCGGUACCAGACUUUGUCAUAGUGUCCCAAGAAUCCUUGUAUCCUUAGACCCGUAUAAAGAUGACCUUUGAUACAAAAACAAAACAUGGCAAGAAUAAAACCCAUUAAAUGAUAAUGCAUUCAAACUAAAAUGGUCAAAACAAGGCCGGGAGGGAGAAUUUAUUUGAACAAGUAGUUGUGGGGACUGUUUAAACUAGAGUGGCCUUUAGUAGAGUGCAUACCUCCGCCAAGGCCCCACCAGUCGCCUAAAAUUCCAGAUCCAAACCAAAUUUCAAUGGGUUCUUUCCUCACCCACACCACAUCCUUUCCACUAAUUACUAAUUGUAAUCCAUCCAGUAGUUUCUGCGUGACCUUGUUGACUAACGAGUGCAGACGAACACAUGACCUCGUGGGCAGAGGCAAUAAAAUCACAGUGAAAUCCAGGUUCGACCUUUCCAGUUCAACAACACGUCCAAUAAGGCACCGGGUACCAGCUCCCCUCACCCCCCUGCCCCCUUCAUGCAGCUCUUUCAUGCUUCUGUGUCCUUUUGUCUUUCAAUGGGACUUUUUUCAUGUGAUCCACGUUUGUUUUUGUCAUGAGUUCUUUGGACGUGUGGCAGGUCAGAGAGGGAUUGGGUUGUUAUCCACUGAGUAGAGUAACGAGUGCCAUUUCAUGAUUGUACCUUGUCCUGAUGAGUUUGAAAUGAAAUUUUGUUUCCUCACAUUCCAUCCAUGCCUAAGUUAGUGCUUAAACUCAUCCCUGUACAGAAGUUUAUCCACAAUGUGUUGGUAUAUGGUAGCUUUGUCGGGUAUUUCCCAUGUAGCAUCCCUCUGUGUGUGUGUGUGUGUGUGUGUGUGUGUGUUUGUGUGUGUUAGGGGGCUACCUCAAUCUGCACUAGAAGAUGCCUCACUCGUGUCGUCCACCUUGACUCUUGAGGUGCGGCUUAGCUGCGUAGUGUUAUUGCACCCCCAUUGUACAGCAGCUGUGCAGAGGAUGAAGGAGGCAGGAGGAUGCGACAGGAUCCAUGCAUGUAAAACAAAACCAUACACUGUAUCUCAUCUUCAGAUAGGUUAAGAUUGUUAGGAUAUGUAUGUAUGUAUGUAAAUAUGAUGGGAAACCCCCCCUUUUUUCAGAAUUAUGUAACUUAAAAUGACAAUAUUCAGGUUGCUCUAUGGUAUGUAUCAAUAAAUGUUUUGCACCCUGGAAAUCAAAAAACAAAAGAAGAAAAGAGAAGAUCAGACACAUACGCCGUCUCUGCACUCCUGGAUCCAGCUCUCCUGUCGUCUGGGGCUUUAUCGGACCCUCCCUCAUUCAGACAGAGAGCCGGUGAAUGCAGCGCUCUGUGUGCAGGCCCACACAGUCUGUCCUGAGUACCACUGCUGAGUGUUAGUACAUGUAUGUGUGUGUGCGGUAGGUGUGUGUGGGGGGGAGGGCGGGGGUCCUGUCAGGAAGCUGCGCCAGCCCUGGGAUGUAUUUUUCUUUUUUUUUUUGGCCUCUCGCCCGCUCCCCCCCAUGUACAGGUCUGAACUAUAUGAGCACAAAGGUGAAUUUCGGGACAAGAGACAUCUCUGACGUGCCCCUUUUCUGUGAUGGCGCCUGUACAUUCCUAUCUUCUGAAUGUGUAAACCUGUACACGUGGUGUGAAAAUUCCUCUAUUAAUGUGUAUCAAGAGAAUGGAACAAAGACAAAAAAUGUUACUUUUUAAAUUAUUAUUAUCAUUAUCAUUAUUAUUACUCUUAUUAUUGUCUAGCUUUGUAAAACUGCUGAACCAUCUGGCAUACCUCAGCAGGCCUCUCCCCAUCUUUGGAAACGGACGAAAAUGAUGGACGGGGAAAAUAAGGUUUUGGAUAAACUAUUUUUAAUUGUGGUUGAAGCAAUAGACUUUUUGAACUUUGAAUUGUGCAUGGCUGUGUCUUGAGUGUAAAAAAAAAAACGACAAAAAACUAAAUAUUGCAGUUUGGGAACUGGACUGAAAUAAAAAGAGGAAGAAAACCACAGUUUUUGUGACGAUGCUUGUGAUGAAGCUGAGGUUUAUUUUUUCGUUAAUGAUCAUGAGGUGAACUGAUACAUGAGGAUACAUGAAUGAGAACAGUUGUACAUGCUUUUAAGUAACUUUCUCCACGUUAUGAUGAAUACAGGCCAUAAAUAUGAUAAUCAUAUGGUGAAGACCAUAUUAAUCACAGUAUGUGUAGUGUAAGAAUAGAGGGAUGGUGUCUUCAUAAGCAACUUGAUAAAUGUCAAUAUAAAAA